AUGUCUCUACCGACGAUGUACAGAGCCUAUCGCCGCACCACAGGGCCGGUCCCACGCACCAUCGAACCCACCACCGAGCACCUCCCCACUAAGCUCGCCCCCAACGAAGUCCUCCUCAAGAUCCAUGCCGUAUCGCUCAAUUACCGCGACAUCGGCAUGCUGAACGGACGCUACCCGAUCGCCGUUCCAGAACGCGGCAUCCCAGCUUCCGACUGCGCUGCCGAGGUCGCAGCAAUCGGCUCCAACGUCACGCAGUUCAAGGAAGGGGAUGCAGUCUCACCGUGCUUCAAUGUAGGUGACUUGAGCGGGAAAGAGAGGGAUGCUGGUUCCAAGACGCUAGGGGCGGAUGCGGGCGUUUUGGCUGAGUAUACUGUUUUUGAAGAGGACGUGCUGGUGCAUUUGCCGAAGCAUUUGUCGUGGGAAGAGGCAUCGACUAUCCCGUGCGCUGGAGUCACAGCAUGGGUUGCCUUAAAUCGUCCGAGGAACAUCGACCCAGACACAAGCGUGCUUCUUCAGGGCACCGGCGGUGUAAGCAUGUUCGCCCUCCUCCUCUGUCUGGCCGCCAACAUAACACCCAUCAUAACAUCUUCUUCUGACGCCAAACUCGCGUUCAUUCGAAAAAUCAGCCUGCUCGUCAAAGGCUUCAACUAUAAGACGGAUCCGGGCCAGGCAGAGCAAGUCAAGCAGCUCACUGACAGCAAGGGCGUCGACAUCGUGGUCAACAAUACAGGCGCCGCAUCUUUUCCUGCCGAUCUGGAGUCGUUAAGGCAGCGGCAUGGGACGAUUUCCCUAGUAGGCUUCUUGGAAGAGAAGAAGGCGGAGUGGGAUCCGAAUGCGUUGCUGGGUUUGAUGGUCAAGUGCGCUACAAUUCAAGGUAUACGGGUGGGCUCGAAGCAAGACUUCCAGGAUGUGAAUAGGUUCUUGGAGGAGAAGAGGGUGAGACUCGAUCCGAUCAUCGAUCGCUCCUUUGCGUUUGACGACGCAAAGGCGGCAUUUGAGUACCUGGAGUCUGGGAAGCAUGUGGGUAAAGUGGUGAUUACGUUCUGA